AUGUCCAUACAACACUUUGGCAAGGGCGCGCUUCGCGUGGCCAAGAAUUAUACCAAGGGCUACUCUGAUGUCCAGGCCAAGGUUCGUGAGGCCACCUCGAACGACCCGUGGGGCCCCUCGGGAACGCAGAUGAAUGAGAUAGCCCAAAUGUCGUACAAUCAGAAUGAUUUCGUCGAAAUCAUGGAGAUGAUCGACAAGAGGUUGAAUGACAAGGGAAAGAACUGGCGCCACGUCUUCAAGUCCUUAACCGUCCUCGAUUACCUUCUCCAUGCUGGCUCAGAGAAUGUCGUCAUCUACUUCAGGGAUAAUAUCUACAUUAUCAAGACACUCAAGGAAUUCCAAUAUGUGGACGAAUACGGAAAGGACCAAGGCGCCAACGUCCGACAAAAGGCCAAAGAUAUCACCAACCUCCUCACUGACGAAGGCAGGCUACGUCAAGAACGUCGUUCACGGGCUAGCAUGCGCGACCGUAUGCUCGGUGCUCCCGGCGAUGACGACGGCCUCGAGGGUGACGAGAACUCGAGGCGGCGGGCACACAGUAACCCUCCUGCAAGAAAGCGAGACGAAGACGAGCUUACGAAAGCUAUCGAGGCGAGCAAGCGAAGCUUGGCGGAGGAGCAGGCGAGAGGUGCUGAAGACCGGGACUUGGCGGAGGCGAUGAGGCUCAGUAAGGAGGAAGAGGAGAGGAGGGCCAGGGCCGCUCAAGACAGUGGUCCAUUAUUCGAUGACCAGCAGAAUGACUUGUACGUCUUGUUGGGAAACCAAAACCUGCUCGUGGACCCUAAUCCCAUACCACAAUUCCAGACAGGGCUUCAGCCUCAAUUCACUGCAAUCCAGCCCCAGUUUACAUCGUUUAAUCCAUACCAGCAGCAGGCGCAACAGGAGGCAAUGCAGGCCGAGUACUUGCGCCAACAGCAAGAGUGGCUUGCACAGCAGCAACAAUUGCAGGCUCAGGCCCAGGCGGCUCAGAUGGCCCAACAACAGCAAGAGGAGCUCAUGCGCCAGCAACAAUACCUCAUGAUGCAGCAACAGCAACAACAGCAAAUGCAGCCUCUUGUGCCACAGCCUACUGCGUUCGGCUCGAACAACCCAUUUGCUGCCUUCGGUUCUCCCCCGCCUAUGCCAAGCAACGCAUCCUCUCCAGGCCCCGGCGCGGCCCCCAACCCCGUCAACUUCAAUCUCGGUUCGACAUACGAGAAUCACAAUACAGGCGCCAACCUUUCGAACAACGAACUGCGACCAACUCCCCCACAACCGUCCACAUCUGCGCCGCCCGGUGGCGGCAGCCAACGCGGCCCCAGAAAGGCAGAUCAGGAGCACGCCCAUCUCGCGAAUCUGUUCGCCGCGAGGGAGGACGGUGUGGAUACGUUUGGAAAUUACGGUCAGCUCAGGUAUGGUGGUACCGAUGCGGGGAGAUUGGUUACGCAGAAGACUGGGGCGCCGACGGGUGGGUCGUCGUUCAAUCCGUUUGCUCAGCAGCAACAACAGCAGCAACACCAACAGCAGGGCAGCGAUCAACCGUUUUUCUCGAUUUGA